AUUACUUGCAAGCACAACUGAACGAAACUAAAUUGUUCAUUUAUUUUUUAUUCUGCUUGGUUGUUGACAAAUAAACAAGUUGAAAGCGGUAUUAUUACCAGUUUGCAAGUUUCCGCGUAGUGACAUCUGCUUUCCAAAUGUCAGGCUCAAAAAUAGUUCUCCAUGCUUCAGAGGCUUGCAGUGACUCAUCUCCUCGUGGCAAGGGACUGGGGGGAGGUAGCAGGAAUGUGACCUUGAGAGUGGACGAGUACGACAUGAGCAAGAUGGAACAGAAACUCAAACUGGAAAUAGCCGAAAUAGAUAGAAGACUAGAAAAAUGCAACUUCCCCCACGGAAUGAACAACUCGACCAAAGCGAAGCCCAGAAGGUCAACUCUGUCUAAUGAUCCCCGGGAACUGCGACAGUUCCAGAGCAGGACCAAAGUAGAGGACGAGCCAGUGAUGUUUAAGAAGGACCGGCCACAGCCCAAACCCAAGACUAGGUUCCUCUCUAAGGACAUGAAAGAAUUGAAUGAGAUUGAGAAGUACAGUGGGAAAAACAGGAAUCUUCUGGGAGUGGUCCCGAUUACAGCGCCAGUUGAGAGCAAAAGUAGUCCCAGGCCAAAGACCAGCACACUGACCAAUGACAUAGGCGAACGGAAGAACAGGGAAGUGCGUGAGAGGUCAAGGUCACGGUGCAAAUCAACUGGCGGUUCGCCAGUUGGGUCCAUUGAUACUCUUGCAGACGAUGUGUUCGAUUCGACCCAGUCGGGUGGCGGCAACAACCCAAUCACAGGAGAGGGGAGUAAUCACCCCCGCCAGUCCCGCUCCUCUUCCGCCGCCAGAAGGAGACACUUCAGCAACAAUCCAGUGGAGAUGCGCCAGAUUGAACAGCACUCGAAUGCAUCCAACGGGAACAAUGAUCAAAUGAAUGGUUCUUCUACAUCUCCCCGUCAGCUGGAGCCAUUCUACCUUAGAUCUCGUGCAGCUACCCCCAGGGGUAAACGGAACACUCUCACUCACAACUUCAACGAACUGAGAAACGCCCAGAAAAAAGAAGGCGGCAAGAAUGUGACUGACGAUGAGUUCUCACUUGGGUUCAGUCGAGAUAAGCCGAAAGCUACUGCACUUCGAACAGCUAUGAUAUCUAAAGGGAACAAAAGCUCAAAUGGAACAGCAGAUGAUUCUGGGGGGUCUGGUGAGAACAUGUGCAUCCUGCCGUCCAAGUCCUGUCCAGGCACCCCCUCGGCCAAGAGGAAAGUGACUCUGAGCAAGAAUCCAGGGGAGAUGCAGAAGAUACAGACCAAGUAUGAUCUGGAACAGUGGGCCGGCGGACAUUCAGUCGUGCUAUCCAAUCGCGUCAGCAAUGGACAAAAGGCGAACACCAGGCCUCUUGGAUUUUCGAAUGAAAAUGAUCUGAGAAGAACUCAACGCAAAUCAGGCGAAAGUGACAGUUUGUCGCAGAUCUUUGGCCUCCCACAAAGGCAGACACCAGCUAUUAAUGGAAACCAUAAAGGAGAGAUCAAUGCUUCGGAAGGGGGACUCCAGUUCGGUGGGAGUGGAGGUGGAGCCCCCAUUAGGGACAAGGAGAGUGGUAUGAUACUGACUGGUGUAGGGGGUCGCUUCCAGAAGGACUACUUUAAAAUAAACGAUGAGGCAGCUUUGAAACAAAAAGUUCAAAAACAGCAGCAAGAUCGCGAGGACAUGAAAAAAAUGAUAGAGGACAACAGUAGCAGACGCAAGUCGGAACGGUCGGAGGAAGACAAAGUACCCUCGGAAGAUCUGGUGGACAAGAUCAGAAAGCUAGACGAUUCCAGGAACAGGUCAAGGUCAAGAAACACUUCAGAUGUCACACGUGUGAAGAUGGAUAUCCGAUACCCAAGUGACACCUCCGCCAAGGACUAUCACGAGAAUCUAAGGAGACAACUAGAAGAGCACGACACACAGAUACAAAAUCACUACAAGCAGUUCAAUCAAACUGAUCAAAUACCAGUUUCUGCCAACGGGCACACUGAGACGACGGUGGAUUUGAUGGAGAAAAGGCGAGAUAGAUCGAGGAGCACAAGGAGGCUCAAAAUGGGUUCCCCUAUGGGACAGCCAGCACAGAAUGAAAGAUCCAUUUCUUCUCAGUACGAUAAAAAUACUCACAAAUUAUCGACUCCAUUCGCUGUUGAAGACUGAAACCAAAACAAACUUAUCAUCACGCACAAAUCAUCUUGAAAACUGUCAUUUUCUAUGUAUAAAUCAUGGUUUAAGAUCAAAUAACAUUCUUCCUGAAAAACUUUCAAGCUUACAAAAUACUUUUACUACAAGAAGUGUGCUGAGAAUAGUCAAUGUUUCAAAACUGUGCAAGAAAUGGUAAAAUGCAAAAUCGUUAUGGCAACAUCGAAGUUUCACGCUUGAUACUACAAAACGCCUUUAAAAACUUACUUUCACAAUAUGACUUCCACAAUAUGGUCACCUUAUAGCGUCUCGAUUUGA